GCGGCCCUCGGCGGGGGCGCAGCGCAGUGUGGGGCGGGUAGUUCCGGCGCGGCCCCGCCGCCGCGGUGCAUUGUGGUCCGCGUAGUUCCGGUACGAUCGCGGCGGGCGGCGGCGGGCGGGCGGCGAGAGGCCGCGGUUGGCCUUGUGGGAUCUGUAGUUCGCCGGGGGCCCCCCCGCGCCCGCUCCCCGCGCCGCCGGGGAUUUCCCCCCGUGUCCCCCCGGCCCGGGAGGCUGCCCCCCCGCCAUGCCGGGCUUUACCUGCUGCGUGCCGGGCUGCUACAACAACUCGCACCGCGACAAGGCGCUGCACUUCUACACCUUCCCCAAGGACGAGGAGCUGCGGCGCCUCUGGCUGAAAAACGUCUCCCGGGCGGGCGUCAGCGGCUGUUUCAGCACUUUCCAGCCCACCACGGGCCACCGCGUCUGCAGCGAGCACUUCCAGGGCGGCCGCAAGUCCUACCUGGUACGGGUCCCCACCAUCUUCCCGCUCCGCGGAGUCAACGAGCGCAAGGCGCAGCGGGCCGCCCGCCGCCCUCGCCCCGCCGCCGCCGCCACCUCGCAGGGCCCCGCGGCCGCCCCCGCCGCCGCCCCGGUCCCGGUCCCGGCAGGGGGCGCGGCCGAGGACGUGAAGCCCAUCGACCUGACGGUGCAGGUGGAGCUCGGGCCCGGGGCGAGCGCUGGGCCCGGCCCCGGGAGGCUACCGCCGGCGGCGGGGGAGGAGGGCCCGGUGGAGGGCGGCCCCCCGGAUCACUCGUACUCGCUGUCAUCGGGUACCACGUCGGAGGAGCUGCUGAGGAAGCUGAACGAGCAGCGCGACAUCAUCGCGUUGCUGGAGGUGAAGAUGAAGGAGAUGAAGGGCAGCAUCCGUCGCCUGCGCUUAGCCGAGGCCCAGCUCCGCGAGGAGAUCCGCGAGAAGGACCGGCUGCUUCAUGCCGCCAGCGCCGGGACCCGCAAGCGCCACGGUCUCUGAGGGACACCGGGGCCCGGCACAGGGCUCUCCACCGCAGAGCCUCUGCUGCCCUCGUAUGCACGUAUUUGUUACAGGUGUCUCAACGCUCUCAACACUAGUGAGGAUUACGAUCUCCUGCAAAGAACCGGGUUGGCCUAAGGACUCCCUUUAACAAAAUGGAGGCUUUGUAACACAUUGGAAUUCGAAACCUUGGCUUUCGUUCGGAGAAUCAGGAUGAAACAGAAGCAAAGCGAGUUUAUCUGCAGUGGUUGCAAACCCUUGCUGUCUAAUCCUAAACUAGUUGGCAUGACUAAUAAUCUGUACAUUAGGCAAGACCUUACUGAAACAUGCUUGCGUGUUCUAAAAUGAGAUUUAAGAGUAUUGUAACAAAUCUAUGUGGAAUGAUUGUGUAGAUUCUGUUUCUAGCCAGCAUUAGUCCCCUCACUUUCAGCAACAGCAAACCAAAUCAAUGUUGGCUAGAAAGAGGGUGGAGUGAGGGUAGCAGGGCUACUAGUUUGGCUCAGAUGUGUACUUCCAGAUUAGCUGGUGGAACAGAUACUUCAGCACUUGGGAGGAGGAGGAGGAGGAGGAGAAGGGUAUCUGGUGCACCUGCGUAGCUCUGUGGCGAUGCAUACUUAGGGGGUACGGCUUUGAUAGCGAUGGGUGUUGAAAACAAAAGGCAGUUCACCACAGUGUGCCCGUAAUUACAUUUGUGGGAGGGAUGCCCAGGUGUCUUCUGGGUAUGUAAGAUCUUCCUCCUGUAACCAGAGUGCGUUACACUCAGUAGAGCAGAAUGUCAGCUUUAGUAAGUUUUAUAGAAGUAUUUUCUAAAUGUAAAAAGUAUCUUUAGUUUGAAAAUAUUGUAAUCUUUGUAACACUGGCUAACGUAGUUUUACAGCUGUCCAUUUCGAUGCUCUAUAUGACCGAAUGAAAGGGCACAGUGGGUUCGGUAGCUGGAUGUUCAUCUCUUGGUCAUGUCGCCCGUUGAGCUAAAGGCACUGGUUGUCACAGCCUGCUAUGUGAUGCGUGGGUCAUUUUUCUAUUAACGUGUGUACUGAGUUGGAUGGUCAACCGUAAGGAUACUACAGGUGUAUUCACGUACUAAGUAUUCUCCCAUUAUUUCAUUUUAAUUUAUUUUCUCCAAUCUGAUAUGUAGCUCUUAACUUCAGCUCCGUGCUAUAUCGAUUUUUCCUGCGAGUCAAGUAAGCAGCAACAUUUGUGUUUGCUUGUUUUGGUUUUGUUGGUUUCUUUUGUUUGGUUUUUUUUUUUUGUAGGGAAAGCAGAUACCUGCUACACCAUCUGAUUUAACGUAUGUAAUUGGUCCAGCAGAUCUAUGCUCCCAUCAAGACAAUAGGCGGCACGACGUCUCCCCUUACAAACGAGACCAGUUGUGUGUCCUAGCUUCUUGAGAACAUGCGUGUCGUAACAGUUGUGGUACUUUUUCUACCAUUUGAAUGCACUUCAGGACGUUCAGCCACUCUUCCUGCUGGACUGGUUAACUGCUGGACUGUUCGACUCCUCCAGGUUACACUGAGGUGCUAACAUGCUUAAUUUUAAUAAAGUAUAUUUUGUUUUGUUACA